AUAACCAUAACCAAUUUCAUAUCUUCAAAAACAAAAUAACAUUAGUUGCAAGAUUUUGUUGAAACUUAAAUUCCCAUUUCAAAAAGAUAAUAAAUUUUUCUCCCCAGAUUCGCCAUUUCCCCUUCUCUAUCUCCAUUUCAAAAACCCUUUUUUCUUAUAAUAAUUUGUAGGGAAAAUAAAUUAAACCCCACAAAUUCGCAACUUUAAUCUCUCUCCAUCCGAUUCUCCCAAACCCCUUUUUUCCAACAAUCAAACACCCAAUUUUCAAAAUCAAUUUUUGAUAUUUUUACCCAUAAUUUCAAUCCGAUUUGUUGUUCAAGAUUCCACCUUUAUUGUUCAGAUUGAUUUGUGUGGUGUAAUGUUACAUAACCCUUUUUGCUGUUAGGGUUUUGUUGUCAAUCUUGUUAAUUUCUUAUCCGUAUUUAUGAUCAGAGUAUUUUAUUUUGUUUUUGUUAUGUCAACUAACAAUCUUGAAUUUGUUUUCUAGGGUUCCUGAAAAAGUUUGAUUUUUUUUUUUUAUUUUUUUUUAUGUUGGUUGACAUUUUUAGGGCCACAAUUGAUAGCACCAUAUAUGUUUUUAAAUUAUUAAUUGCACCUUUUUAACUACUAAUAUCCUAUGCAAAUAUAUACAUAUAUAUAUGUGUGUGUAUGUAUGUACUUGGUAUCUGAAAAAGCCCUUGAUUGCUAGUUUUGGAAAGCAAAAAGUUUGAUUUUUUUUUUUUGAACAAGUAAGAAGUGAGGUUGUUAGGCUUUUUGCUGUGUAGUUUAGUGGUAUUGGAUUAUUGUGUAUGGGCGAAAUCGAGGGAUGGUCACAGAUGGGUGGUGGUGGUGGUGGGGGCGGGCGGGGCCCCCUAUUGCCGAAUGGGCUAUUGCCCAAUGCUGGUCCAUUGAUAGAUAGUUUAGAUUCUGAGAGAUGGUUAAAGGCUGAGGAGCGAACGGCCGAGCUUAUAAGUUGCAUUCAACCGAAUCCGCCUUCGGAAGAACGUAGAAACGCCGUUGCUGAUUAUGUACAGCGACUUAUUAUGAAGUGUUUUCCGUGUAAGGUUUUUACAUUUGGGUCCGUACCUCUAAAAACAUAUUUACCAGACGGGGAUAUCGAUCUAACCGCAUUCAGUAGCAAUGCAAACCUAAAGGAUUCAUGGGCCAUUGAGGUCUGUGAUUUAUUGCAGGCUGAAGAGAAGAAUGAGAAUGCGGAGUUUCAUGUAAAGGAAGUUCAAUACAUUCAAGCAGAAGUGAAGAUUAUAAAAUGUUUGGUGGAGAACAUUGUGGUAGAUAUUUCCUUUAAUCAGCUUGGAGGACUUUGUACCCUUUGUUUUCUAGAGGAGGUUGACAAUUUGAUAAAUCAAAAUCAUUUAUUUAAGCGUAGCAUUAUACUAAUCAAAGCCUGGUGUUACUACGAGAGCCGUAUACUCGGGGCUCACCAUGGUCUUAUCUCUACUUACGCCCUCGAGACUUUGGUUCUUUACAUAUUUCACGUCUUCAACAAUUCUUUUGCGGGCCCACUCGAGGUGCUUUACCGUUUUCUGGAGUUCUUUAGUAAAUUCGAUUGGGACAAUUUCUGUGUUAGCUUGUGGGGCCCUGUACCCAUAAAUUCACUUCCAGAUGUAACUGCCGAGCCACCUCGUAAGGAUAGUGAAGAAUUGCUGCUUAACAAAGUGUUUCUUGAUGCGUGUAGUUACGUGUACGCCGUGUUUCCUGGCGGUCAGGAUAAUCACGGGCAGCCUUUUCUUUCCAAACAUUUUAACGUUAUCGAUCCGCUGCGUGUGAGUAAUAAUCUCGGAAGAAGUGUCAGUAAAGGUAAUUUUUACAGAAUACGUAGUGCGUUCGCGCUUGGGGCCAAAAGGCUCGCAAAGUUCCUGGACUGCCCGAAGGAAAAUCUUGUUGCGGAAGUAAACCAGUUUUUUACCAACACGUGGGACCGACAUGGCAAUGGUAUUCGUCCUGAUGCACCCUUACCCGUUACUGAUUCAACGGUUUUGAAAAUCGAUACUAAAAUGAGUACUUCAAGUGGCAAAAAGUCAGAAACUGUUGGUCAAGAGUCUGACUUUGACCACACUCGAUCUACCAAUAACCAGUCCGAAAGUUCACCCAAGGCUCGUGUUGCGACUCCUGGUCAAACUAACCAAGGUCAACGGAAUUUGAAAUCUGGUCUUUUGGUCAAUGACAUCCAACGGUCCCCGUUCGCUAGAACGCGGUCUAGCCCUGAAUUAACCGAUACGUACAAAUACGUUCCUUUUCAAGGAACCGUUAACAAACCACCUGAAAACGAAAAAACCCGUAACAGGAGGAAAAACGUUGAAACUGAAAACGAGAAAAACGAGGCUUCGUCGUUACACCAUGUGCCACAUAAGCAAAGUUUCGAACCAUCACCUGAACCAAAUAUAUAUCACCGUGAAGAUAUGCAGCAAGAGGAACAAGAUCUUGUUAACAUAAUGGCAUCUUCUUCAUUUCAUGGUUUUAACGGGCCGGUGAAUUUAGCUUCGGGUCAUUUACCUUUUCCGUUCUCGCCCUCUUUUCUAGCAUCGUUAGGAUACACACAAAGGAAUAUUCCCGGAAUGAUCCCGUCAAAUAUGCCGUUUAUUGACCCUCAAUUUGCAGCUAUGCAUUUUCCUCAUGGUUUGGUUCCUCAUUAUUUUCCCGGGGUUGAUGUGACGUCAAAUUCCGAAGAUUCGGUAAACGAAAAUAAUCUCGGGUCUGUGGAACUUAACUCCGGUGAUGAUAAUUAUAACCAUGAAAUACUGCGGGAAGCCGAGCGGGUGAAUUCGGAAAUUGUUUUGCAAGAUGAAAAUAAACCGCAAUCGUCUUCUACGAGGAUGAAUUACAUACCACCACCUCGUCGUGUGGGUGCGUCCGGUGGGUUAGUAGUAAGAAGUCAACAUAAGAAUAACAAGGAAAAACGAGACAGAUUAAGAGAGAACAACCAUUUGGAUUCUUCUCAUUCUCUAGAAAAUAGUAUAAACGAUGCGUAUUCAGAUGAACGGGCUACGAGUUCACGAUUCUCAUCUGCUGCUCACAGUAGCUCUUUAAGAAGUAAAACUUCUUCAGAGAGUUCUUGGGAUGAAACAUCAACGGUCAACAAGUCAACGAAGGGUAAAAAGGGAAAGAAAAUCGUCAAUCCUGUAGAUUUGUCUUUGUCUGACCGUUUUCAGUCUGAGGAUGAUGACGUGGAUGGUGGAACGGUUGGAACGGUUCCGCCCGCGAGUUUGAGGUCCGAGUUAGAACCUCAUGCGGUUGCUCCAAUGCAUGCUUCGAGAUCUCCCAUGCCCGGUAUCGAACCGGCUCAAACAAGUGGUUCCGAUUCCGGUUCCGGUUCCGUACUUCCAAUGGCCCCGGUGAUUAUCGGGUCCAACCCGAGACACCGGAUGGACAAUUCCGGGGGUACGCCAUUGACUUUUUAUCCCACCGGACCACCUGUCCCGUUCCUCACAAUGCUUCCGUUUUAUAACGUUCCAUCAGAGAACGGGUCAUCAGAUGCAUCAACUAGCCGUUUCGAGAGUACCGAAAAUGGCGAUGCUGGUCAAAGUUUUCAUCCGGAAGGUGUUGACCAGGUGGAGGAUUUUAGUCCUCGAGCGGCAGGCCGCCACGAGACACCAGACGAACACAGGUCUGAUAUUCUUAACAGUGACUUUGCUAGCCAUUGGCAGAAUCUACAGUUUGGGCGGUUUUGUCAAAGUCCACUUCAUCAUGGGCCCACAGUGUAUCCUUCACCGGUCAUGGUACCACCGGUUUAUUUACAGGGUCGGGUUCCGUGGGAUGGGCCUGGAAGACCCUUGCCAAACAUGAACUUAGUUACACAGCUCAUGAACUAUGGACCACGGCUCGUGCCCGUUCCACCUCUUCAGUCUGUACCCAAUAGACCUCCUAAUGUUUACCAGCAUUAUGUUGAAGAUAUGCCCAGAUACAACCGUAGUGGUACCGGGACAUAUUUACCAAAUCCUAAGGUCGCUGCUAGGGAUCGUCCUCGUAGGGGGAACUUUAACUACGAUAGAACUGAUAGUCACGGUGACAGAGACGGUAACUCGAAACCACGUGGUUCGGGACGUAACCACAACCAUAAUCAAACAGAUAAAUCAACGGCCAGGUUGGAUCGCUUGGGUUCCAGCGGAAGCCGGACAACGAAUUCACACAGAAACGAGUCAUUUUCUACAUACCAAACGCAAAAUGGUCCGUUACAUCCUGGGUCAAGUCAAAGUGGUCCUGCUAAUGUGGCUUAUGGCAUGUAUCCUUUACCAGGAGUCCCGCCCAAUGGGUCCGACGGUCCUGUUGUGAUGAUGUAUCCGUUUGAGCAAAAUCCUGGCUUUGCUUCUCAAAACGAGCCGGUUGAUGUUGGGUCAACGGGUCCCGCGGGGUUUUCUGGUGUGAAUGAUCAGUCACCACGGGGUGACGGAAGUCGUUACAGGGGAGUAGUAGAGGAACAUAGGUUAUAUUCACCAGAUCAACCGUCCUCACCCCAUCAUCAAAGGAGGGUAUGAUUGUCUUUUCGCCGCCCACCUAGGUUCAAAUUCAUUGAUCAGGUGAGACUAUGAGAGUUGCAAAAGGUGACCUUCCGGGAAUAUACAAAGAAGCGGCUCGUGGUUCCAUCAAAUGAUCCGUCUCUACUCACUGGUCGGUUCUCGGUUAUGCAAAAUCUUGAUUUUGCUUCAUGGGGUAGCAAUAGGAAGGAAGCACACAGUGAUUUCAUGUAGAAGUACGCUCAAGGCUCGCGCCCAUGGGGAGGAAGUUAUGUACGUUUUUUCCUUUUCUCAUAUAUAGGGGCUGCAACCACGGAAUAUGUAGUUUUUAACCGAGUACAAUAACUUUUUUCGGGGAUGAAGUUCGUAGGGUCUACCCUGUUAUAACUGGGUUAGGGUUUGUACCAAUUCAUUCCCAUGUAUCCUUUUGUCAUUGUAGCAUUUACAGUUAAUGAGAUGAUAGAAUCUCUCUCAUUAUAUGAGAAAUAUGUACUAAUAUAUAUUAUUAUAGCGUAACUAGUUCGCAAAGAAA